AUGUCCACCUUCGACUUCAUCAUCGUCGGCACAACUCCCCAUCUACCCAUUCCCAAAACCAAACCCCAUCUCACGCAUCUCACAGGUGGCCCGUCCGGCAGCGCCCUCGCCGCUGGCCUCGCGCAGUCAACCGCAAAGCCCCGCGUCUUGCUCUUGGAAGCAGGCGACAACAAUGAAGAUCGCAGCCUCCGCGUCGACGGUCAGCGAUGGCUCACCUUCCAGAACCAGUCCAUGAACUGGGGGUACAAGACGACCCCGCAGACCGACUGCGGCAACCGUGAGAUCGACUACAGUCGCGGCCGAUGCAUGGGCGGGUCGAGCGCGAUCAACUUUGGGGUGUACAGCGUCGGCGCGCGCGAUGAUUACCAGGAGUGGGCGCGAAUUGUGGACGAUGAGGCGUUUGCGUGGGCCAAUAUUCAGCGAAGGUUGAAGGAGCUGGAGACGUUUCAUGGGGAGAUUCCGGAGGGCGUAGAUCGGAAGUAUGCGGAUCCGCAGAUGGCGGAUCAUGGGAGGGAAGGCCCGUUGCAUGUGGGCUAUGCGCGGGAGUGGGAGAAGGAUUUGACUGAGCUCUUGGAUGUGUUCGAGCAGGCUGGGUUUCCGCUAAACCCGGAUCACAAUUCGGGGAAUCCAAUUGGCAUGUCGGUGUUGAUCAACUCGGCGUAUCAGGGGCUGCGCUCGACGGCGGGGGAUCUGGUGAAGGAGAAACUGGAGCAUUUGACGAUUGUGACGGGGGCGCCGGUGCAGCGAGUCCUCCUGGAGGGGAAGAGAGCUGUGGGCGUGGAGUCGAAUGGCCAAAAAUACUAUGCCACGAAGGAAGUCAUCCUCUCCGCCGGCGCGCUCAACGACCCCCGUAUCCUUAUGCACUCCGGCAUCGGUCCAGCCGCGCAACUCCAGCAAUACAAUAUCCCCGUCGUCCAGGAUGUCCCCGCCGUCGGCCAGGGGCUCCGCGACCAUUGCUUUGUGCCGAUGGUGAACACGCGAACCGAAACCAGCACGGACCGGAAAGCCUUUUACGGCGACAAGGUCGCCAUGGACGCCGCACAGAAGCAAUGGCAGACAGACGGGACCGGACCCUGGGCGAAAUUCGCCUGCGAGCUGGGCAUCGGCUGGUUCAAGCUGACCGAGCAGCUCACCUCGUCACCCGAAUUCAAGGCCCUCCCAGCCGACGAACAGAAGUAUCUGCUUCAGGAAACCGUGCCGCACUACGAAAUUAUCACCCAUUUCCCCGUCCACUGGUUUAUCCCGGAGUUCCCGUCUGAGGCGCUGAACUACUCCUGUCUGCUCGUCUUCCUGUUCAACGCGCAGACUCGUGGCGAAGUCACCCUGCAAUCGUCCGAUCCAGACGCUCCGCUCUCCUUUAACCCCCGGUUCCUGGCCCACCCGUUCGACCGCCGACUCGCCAUCGAGGCCUUGCGCGACUCGUUCCGCAUCGCCAAGCACGAGUCCUACACGAAGGACAACGUGGCCGAGCUGGCGAUGCCCAAGGGCGAGUCAGACGAGGAUCUGCUCGAGUACUGGCGGCAGAACAUCUCGUCGAGCUGGCACAUGACGGGGACGGUGAAGAUGGGCAAGAAGGGCGAUGUGGAUGCGGUCGUGGAUCAGGAUUUCCGGGUGACAGGUAUCGAGAAUCUGCGUGUGGCCGACAUGGCGGUUGUGCCGGUGUUGGUGAAUGCACAUGUCCAGGCAGUUGCCUAUGUCACAGGUGCAACCUGUGCGGAGAAGCUGGUGAGGGAGUAUAACCUUGCUUAG